AUGACUGACAGUCGAUCAUCUGCUUCCGUGGUAGCAGUUGAUGCGGAGAAGGCCGCCCGCGAGCGUGACGCCGCAGCGCGCGCGCUGCUCCAAGACGGUCCGCUGCAGUCUCGCAUGCAGUACAUGUCAUCUGGCCUUGAGCUCACUGUGCCGUACACGUUGAAGGUCGUCACCGACGCUGAGUCGUUUGACCGCGCAAAGGCGUUGGCGGACGAAGUGUUGCGCUCCGCGUGGCAACUCGCCGACACCCUGCUGAAUAACUUCAACCCCAAGAGUGAGGUCUCACUGAUCGGCAGGCUGCCGGUGGGGCAGAAGCACGUGAUGUCGGGCCCGCUCAAGCGCGUCAUGGGGUGCUGCCUGCGCGUCUACCACUCGUCUGGCGGCAGUUUCGACCCGGCCAUCGGCCCACUGCUCGAUGUGCUGCGGAGCGCCGUGGCGGAGCGUGAUUCGACCGUGCCGGAGCAGCUAGACGGCCUCAAGCGCGCGUGCACGUUGCCCAACAGCUUCCACAUCGACCUGGAAACGGGCACGAUUGCGCGCAAACACGAGCACGCUCGCUUGGACCUUGGCGGCGUCAGCAAGGGCUACAUCGUCGACUACGUAGUGGAGAAGCUCAACGCGGCGGGAUUUGAGAAUGUCUUCUUUGACUGGGGUGGCGACUGCCGCGGGAGUGGCACCAACGCCCGGCAGUCACCGUGGGUGGUUGGCAUCAUCCGCCCACCAUCACUUGAGCAGCUGCUCGACCCGCCGCGGGACCCUCCGUUCAUUCGUGUCAUUUCACUCGACAACGAGGCGCUUGCCACGAGCGGUGACUACGAGAACUUAACGGAGGGAGCCAACAAGAAACUAUACGCCUCCAUCUAUGACUGGAAGACCAAGUCGCUGCUGACGCCCUCGCAGAAUGAACUCGCGCAAGUGUCAGUAAAGUGCUACAGUGCCAUGUACGCCGAUGCGUUGGCGACGGCAAGUCUCGUGAAACGUGACACAGUGAAGGUGCGGUAUAUGCUGGACGGCUGGCGUUACGUGCGUGACACCGUCAUCGACUACACCGCCUACACACGUGAAGAUGAACGCGUCGCGCGCAUGUUUGAAAUUGCCACAGAGAACUGUGAAAUGCGGAAGAAGCGUAUCGCCGGAUGCCUCCCAGCCCGUGUCAUUGUUGUGGGUGGCGGUCUCGCCGGUCAGUCCGCCGCGAUUGAGGCAGCGAACUGCGGUGCACAAGUCAUCCUGCUCGAAAAGGAGGCG